UCAAUGCACAAAUUCUAAAAGUGGAAUAUUUUUUAUUUUACUCUCCGUAAAUCCUAAAUAUUUACAUAAAUGUGUAUGGAAAUGAAUUUACAAACGUUAUUCCAAGACUUUAAUCCAAGCAAAUUCGUUGUACACACUUGUUUGCUAGUAUUCACUGCUCUCUUGGCCUUAAAGUUCGAUGAGACUAUUUCAUGGUCGUUUUGGGCCGUGUUCACGCCAAUAUGGAUUUGGAAGUUCCUGGUUGUUCUCGGUGCUACUGUGGGCACAUAUGUUUGGUGGCAGUAUCCACAUUUCAGGUUGGAAGGUGAAGCAUACAUACACUAUAAGGCGAUGUUGAUUAGUCUCGCAAUCCAUCUAAUAUUGCUAAUGUUUGAGCUGCUUGUGUGUGACCAGUUGACCACGAGCAACCAUUUUUGGAUACUAGUCUUCAUACCGUUGAUCUUUAUAAGCAUAGUUUCAAUCGCUAUCUGUAUAUGGUGUGUCAAACACGACCGCAGCUAUGAGUUGGAGUUGUUCUGUGCUGUCAACAUACUUCAGUUUAUAUUCUUGGCGCUAAGGCUAGACAAAAUAAUAACUUGGGAAUGGGAAGUGGUGUUUGUUCCGCUGUGGAUACUGAUGUGCCUCAGCCUUGUAGGUGAGUGGGUGCUUUAUAGUAUAGUGUUUGCUGGAAUUCUGUUGAGGGCGCCCGAAGCUAACAUACAGCAAAGGAGAAAUAGUUUUAACUCUGCCUUGGCAUAUACUUUUACAGUUAUACCAAUAUUGGUAUUCCAGGUGUUGUUGACUAACAAACUUGAUGAUCCAGACCACUCCAAAACUUCGUAUUUGGUAGUAGUGAGCCCACUCUUCGUGACAUAUGCGACACUUAUAAUCAUGUCCUUUAGUUCGAAAGGUGGAAAUAAAUGGUGGUUCGGUAUAAGAAAAGAUUUCUGCCAAUUCCUACUAUCAGUGUUUCCAUUGUUGCAAGAGUAUGCGAACAUAGCUUACAACAAUAACAAUGUGAAUCGUGGUUCUACCGGGCUCGGAGAAGCCCAAGAACCCUACAGAGACGAAGAAACAGACAAGAAAGGUAAAGAAGGAAAGAAAUCCAAUAAGAACCAAAAGAAGAACGAAGCAAUGAAACCAGUUGUGCCUAUGACGAGUAUAGAUAUGCCAGAUUGAUAGA